GAGAUUCGGUCAUCGCGUUGAUAACACGUGCUGCUUCAUUAACUCCAUUCGCAAAUACAAAUAAAUAAUGGUACCUGUUACGAUAGCUGAACCGGCGGUGCGUUCGUACAUUUUGUAUUCAAGUGUAUUGGCUCUAAAAGUACUAGGCAUGGCAGUGUUAACAGGAAGAGUACGGUAUAGGAAGAAAGUAUUCGCCAAUGAGGAAGAUACUAAAAGGACGAAGGGAAUAGUGAAGUAUGAUGACCCCGAUGUCGAGAGAGUCAGACGAGCUCACUUGAAUGAUUUAGAAAAUAUUCCUGUGUUCUGGGUACUAGGUGCUUUGUAUCUGACUACCGGACCAUCAAGCGAACUCGCGACUAUGCUGUUUAGAGUCUACACGGCGGGUCGAAUCUUGCACACUAUUGUAUACGCAGUCAAACCUCUUCCACAACCAGCGCGUGCCAUCGCGUACGGGAUUCCAUACUUAAUUAAAUGGUAUAUGGGAGCGAGCAUUAUAUCUCAUUUUAUUGGCGCGCUUUAAUUUUUAUCAACACUCUAGAUUUGUUUUUAAAUUGGAUAAAAUUAAAUGUUUAUUAAGUGUAAUCUGUUAUCGAUUGUGGUCCUUGUUUCUAGAAUUCGAUAAAUCGCUAAUACAAUACGCAAGUUUGUAAUACUAUUUAUUCGAUUGCUUAAUAUUAAAUAAAUCCAAAUAUUAAAUGUUUUGCUCUAU